AUGUGUGUCACAAAUUAAUCUGGCCGUAGGCUACGGCACUUGGCCACAGGUGGCGCUAGUUGACUCGACACCAUUUGAGUGCACACAAAGUAAACUGGACGCUUUAGUUACGAAGUGACAGACAUCGGAUAAUAAAAUGUACGAGGGGAAUGAUGACGAAGACAAGAUUCUCCAGAUCGUUGACUCUUGCUGUCCUGUGAACAGCAUCGGCGUGGGGACGUUUAUUUGUUUGGCGUUUUCUCGGUCGCCUCGUGCUUGAGAAUAUCACCAGGUGACUGCAGGUUUUAAAGAACAUGGAAAGGAAUGUGUCAUUUUUUCCAGAUGCUGGAGGAAAACAUUAUCACGUUUGUGAAGAACGAGCUAAAGAAGAUGCAGAAUGAUCUGAAUCCAGAUUAUUCAGAGUGUCAGAGGGAUGAAGAGGAGGUGUUGGACAGUGAGGAAGAGAAGCAGAGAAGGAGCAGCAGAGAGGCAUUUCUGAAACUUGCAGUUAACUUCCUGAGAAUAAUGAAACAGGAGGAGCUGGCUGACUGUCUGCAGAGCAAAAAUCCUGAUCCAGGUUGUGAAAAUACAUUUAAAUGUAACCUAAAGAAGAAGUUCCACAGUGUCUUUGAGGGGAUCGCUAAACCAGGAACCCGAACCACUCUAAAUGAGAUCUACACAGAGCUCUGCAUCACAGAGGGAGGGACCGGAGAGGUCAACACUGAACAUGAGGUCAGACAGAUUGAAAUGUUUUCCUGGAAACCAAACAGACCAGAAACAACAAUCAGGUGUGAAGACAUCUUUAAAGCUUUGACUGAAAGAGACAAACCAAUCAGAACAGUUCUGACCAAAGGAGUGGCUGGCAUCGGGAAAACACUCCUGACACAAAAGUUCAUUUUGGACUGGGCUGAAGACAAGACCAACCAGGACAUCCAGUUCAUGUUUCCAUUCCCAUUCAGAGAGCUGAAUUUACUGAAGGAUAAAAAGUUCAGCUUAGUGGGAUUUAUUCAUCACUUCUUUACUGAAAUCAAAGAAGCAGGAAUCUGUAACUUUAAAAAGUUCAAAGUUGUGUUCAUCUUUGAUGGUCUGGAUGAGUGUCGACUUCCUCUGAACUUCCACAUCACUGAGAUCCUCACUGAUGUUACAGAGUCCACAUCAGUGGAUGUGCUGCUGACAAACCUCAUCAGGGGAAAGUUGCUUCCUUCUGCUCACAUCUGGAUAACCACACGACCUGCAGCAGCCAAUCAGAUCCCUGCUGAGUAUAUAGACAUGGUUACAGAGGUCAGAGGGUUCACUGACCCAAAGAAGGAAGAGUACUUCAUGAAGAGACUCAGAGACAAGGAAGAGGCCAACACCAUAAUCUCUCACAUCAAGACAUCACGAAGCCUCCACAUCAUGUGUCACAUCCCACUCUUCUGCUGGAUCACUGCUACAGUUUUAGAGAGUUUGUUAAAAACCAAACAGGCUGGAGGACAGCUGCCCAAGACACUGACUGAGAUGUACAUUCACUUCCUGGUGGUUCAGACCAAACUGAAGAACAUCAACUAUGAUGGAGGAGCUGAGACAGAUCCUCUCUGGAGUCCAGAGAGUAAGAUAAUGAUUGAAGCACUGGGGAAACUGGCGUUUGAGCAGCUGCAGAAAGGAAACCUGAUCUUCUAUGAAUCAGACCUGACAGAGUGUGACAUUAAUGUCAGAGAAGCCUCAGUGUACUCAGGAGUGUUCACACAGAUCUUUAAAGAAGAGAGAGGGCUGUACCAGGAUAGGGUGUUCUGUUUUGUCCAUCUGAGUGUUCAGGAGUUUCUGGCAGCUCUACAUGUCCACCUGACCUUCAUCAACUCUGGUAUCAACCUGCUGGAAGAAGAAGAAACAGCCUCAGUGCAGACUGGAGUAUAUUCAGUUAGACAGUUCUACCAGAGUGCUGUGGACAAGGCUUUAAAGAGUCCAAAUGGACACUUGGACUUGUUUCUUCGCUUCCUCCUGGGUCUUUCAUUGCAGACCAAUCAGACUCUUUUACAAGGCCUGUUGAUACCAAAAAGAAACAUCUCACAGACCAAUCAUGAAACAGUUCAGUACAUAAAAAAUAAACUGAAUGAGAAUCUCUCUCCUGAAAAAAGCAUCAAUCUGUUCCACUGUCUGAAUGAACUGAAUGAUGACUCUAGUGAAGGAGAUCCAACGUCAUCUGAGUUCAGGAAGCCUGUCCAUAGUUGAUCUUUCUCCUGCCCAGUGGUCAGCUCUGGUCUUUGUCCUACUGAUAUCAGAAGAAGAGCUGGAUGUGUUUGAUCUGAAGGAAUACUCAGCUUCAGAGGAGGCUUUUUUGAGACUGCUGCCAGUGGUCAAAGACUCCAAGAAAGUUCUGCUUAGCGGAUGUAAUCUCACAAAGAAAAGCUGUGAAGCUCUAUCAUCAGUUCUCAGAUCCCAGUCCUCUAGACUGAGAGAGCUGGACAUGAGUAACAACAACAUUCAGGACUCAGGAGUGGAGUUGUUGUGUGCUGGCCUUGAAAGUUCACACUGCACACUUCAAACUCUCAGGCUUUCAGGCUGUCUGAUCACAGAGAAAGGCUGUGCUUUCCUCAGUUCAGCUCUGAGCUCUAACCCCUCCCAUCUGACACAGCUGGACCUGAGCUACAAUCAUCUAGGAGACUCGGGAAUGAAGCUGCUGUUGACAUGAC